AUGGUGGGUGUGAUACCUGGACCAUGGGGCUGGUCGCUCUAUGUGGGAGCAGAUGGUGCAGUGUCCAUUUCUGCCUGGGUUACUGGGGCUCCUCCACCUGCCGUUGUGCCUCAGUUUCAACAGCAGGCUGUGCUGAAAGUUCAUUUUGGCAGAAAUAUACCUGAAAUGCUACUGUAUGAUUCAGAGGAACAAGAAAAGACUGGAAAAGCACAUAAGGAACUUAAGAAAAAACAUUCAGGUGAUCCUGAUUUUCUGAAGUCAUUUCUGGCAAUCCAUGAAUCAUGUAAAGUGUAUGGAGCAACGCCUAGCAGGUAUAUGACAUUCCUUCGCAUAUACAAUGCCAUCAAUAACAGUAAAAGAAGAGAGCUGAUAAAAAGGCAAAAGCACCUGCAGGCAGGUGUUUCAAAGCUGAAUGAAGCUAAAGCCCUGGUAGAUGAACUGAACAGUAAAGCUGGAGAGCAAAGCAUUUUACUCAAAAUGAAGCAGGAUGAGGCUGAUGCUGCCCUUCAAGAAAUUACAGUAUCUAUGCAGAAUGCUAGUGAGCAAAAAACAGAAAUGGAAAAACUAAAACACCGGAUAGCAGAAGAGGCUGCAGAAAUAGAAGAAAGAAAAAGAAAAAUUGAAGAUGAACUAAAAGAGGUUCAGCCACUGGUUAAUGAAGCUAAAUUAGCAGUUGGAAAUAUAAAGCCAGAGUCUUUGUCAGAAAUACGGUCACUACGGAUGCCCCCUGACAUAAUCAGAGACAUACUAGAAGGAGUUUUAAGGUUGAUGGGAAUUUUUGAUACAUCUUGGGUGAGCAUGAAGAGUUUCUUGGCCAAAAGAGGUGUGAGGGAGGACAUUGCAACCUUUGAUGCCCGUAAUAUUCCAAAAGAAAUACGAGAGAAUGUUGAAGAACUUCUUUCUAAAAACAGAACAUCUUUUGAUCCAAAGAAUGCUAAACGAGCCAGUGCUGCAGCAGCUCCAUUAGCAGCUUGGGUGAACGCUAAUGUCCAGUAUUCCCAUGUCCUAGAACGAAUUCAACCUUUGGAAAAAGAAAAGGCUGUCUUGGAAUCUAAUCUCAAGAAAACUGAAGGCAGAAAACAGAAAUUAGAAGAUCUUCUGAACUCUGUUGGUCAGAAAGUGUCAGAACUGAAAGAUAAGUUCCAGACUAGAACAACAGAAGCUGCAAAACUUGAAGCAGAACUAGGUCAAGCUCAGAAAACAUUGCAGGCUGCAGAGAUACUGAUAAAUCAGCUUGACAGGGAACACAAAAGAUGGAGCACCCAGGUGUCAGAGAUAACAGAUGAACUGGCUACAUUGCCUAGAAGAGCACAGUUAGCAGCUGCGUUUAUUACCUAUCUAUCUGCUGCUCCUGAGGAUCAGAGGAAAACCAGCUUGGAUGAAUGGACCAAAUCAUCAGGCCUUGAAAAGUUUGAUUUACGGCGGUUCCUGUGUACAGAAAGUGAGGAGCUAGUUUGGAAAAGUGAAGGUUUACCUUCAGAUGAUCUUUCAAUAGAAAAUGCUCUUGUCAUCUUGCAGAGUAAAGUGUGCCCAUUUUUGGUAGACCCUUCUUUCCGGGCCACUGAGUGGUUGAAGACACAUUUGAAGGAAUCACGUUUGGAAGUUAUUAACCAACAGGACACCAACUUCCUAACCGCCCUUGAGCUGUCCGUAAGAUUUGGGAAAACACUUAUUAUACAGGAAAUGGAUGGAGUGGAGCCUGUACUUUACCCAUUGCUGAGAAAGGAUCUUGUUGCUCAAGGACCCCGUUACGCUAUACAAAUAGGUGAAAAAAUGAUUGAUUAUAAUGAAGAGUUCCGUCUUUUUCUAUCGACAAGGAACCCAAAUCCGUUCAUUCCCCCUGAUGCUUCUUCUAUUGUUACAGCAGUAAACUUUACCACAACAAGAAGUGGCUUAAGAGGACAGCUUUUGGCUUUAACAAUUCAACACGAAAAGCCUGAUUUGGAAGAGCAGAAGACAAAACUGUUACAACAAGAGGAAGAAAAGAAGAUACAGUUGGCUAAGCUUGAGGAAUCGCUUUUGGAGACACUUGCAACGUCACAAGGCAAUAUACUAGAAAAUAAGGAUCUGAUUGAGUCGUUGAAUCAGACUAAAGCAAGUAGUGCACUCAUUCAAGAAUCACUUGCUGAAUCUCACAGGCUUCAGAGUUUCCUUGAUAAGGAGAGGGAUGCCUAUCUGCCUUUAGCUGAGAGUGCUAGCAAGAUGUACUUUGUUAUCUCUGACUUGUCCAAAAUUAAUAAUAUGUACCGGUUUAGUUUGGCGGCUUUCCUGCGGCUUUUCCAAAGGGCUCUGCAAAGCGAGCAGGAUUCCAGUAAUACUGAGGAAAGAAUCAAGUUGCUUAUUGGAUCGUUGAAACAUACAGUGUAUGAAUAUGUUUGUCGUUGUUUGUUUAAGGCUGAUCAGCUGAUGUUUGCUCUACAUUUUGUACGAGGAAUGCACCCUGAGCAUUUUCAAGAAAAUGAUUCACAAAGAAGUGUUCGUGACCAGAUUCCCUCUUGGAUAGAGCAGGACCGAGCCUGGGCAGUAGCAUCUUUGAAGAUUUCUCUCCCAGGUCUCUAUCAGACACUUUGCUUUGAAGAUGGAGGUCUGUGGUACACUUUUUCUCAGAGCUCUGUGUGUGAACAAGAUUUUCCAUCUACUAUUGCAAAAAGAAUCUCCUUAUUUCAGCAGGUACUUGUGGUCCAGGCUGUCCGACCAGACAGACUACAGAGUGCCAUGGCUCUUUUUGCAUGUAAAACCCUAGGAAUAAAGGAAUUAUCUCCAUCACCUCUGAAUUUGAAACGUCUGUAUAAAGAGACUCUGGAAAUCGAGCCCAUUUUGAUAAUUAUUUCUCCUGGUGCUGAUCCUUCUCAAGAGUUGCAAGAACUUGCCACUGUUGAAAGAAAUACUGAGUGCUACCAUCAGAUUGCAAUGGGCCAAGGCCAAGCUGACCUGGCUAUUCAAACUUUAAAAGAAUGUGCACGCAAUGGAGAAUGGCUGUGUUUAAAGAACCUGCAUCUUGUUACAUCUUGGCUUCCUGUAUUGGAAAAGGAACUGAAUACGUUACACCCUCAACCAGACUUUCGCCUUUGGCUUACUACUGAAGUUCAUCCAAAAUUUACUCCAAUUCUGCUUCAAUCAAGUCUGAAAAUAACUUAUGAAGCACCUCCAGGCCUCAAAAAGAAUCUGUUGCGAACAUAUGAAUCUUGGACACCAGAGCAAAUUAAUAAAAAGGGAAAUUUGUCUCGAGCACACUCUCUCUUUUGUUUAGCAUGGUUUCAUGCUGUAUGCCAAGAACGAAGAAAUUAUAUUCCUCAGGGUUGGACCAAGUUUUAUGAAUUUUCUUUAUCCGAUCUCCGUGCUGGUUUUGACAUUAUUGAUACACUUUUUGAGGGUUCCAAAGAUUUUCAGUGGGAAUUUGUGCAUGGCUUGUUUGAAAAUGCAAUUUAUGGAGGCCGUGUAGAUAAUUACUUCGAUAUGAGGGUUCUUCGGUCCUACUUGGAACAGCUUUUCAAUUCACAAGUCAUUGGCAAUUUAAGUGGUAGGGGCAAGAAGGUGGCAAGUUUCCCGUAUUCGAUCUCAUUACCGAAUUCCUGCAGUAUUUUGGAUUAUCGUAAUAUUAUCGAAAGUCUUCCAGAAGAUGAUAAACCUGACUUUUUUGGCCUGCCUGCUAACAUUGCUCGUUCAUCACAACGUAUGAUCAGUUCCCAG